UCUCUUAAAGGGAUAGUUCACCCAAAUACAAAUUUGCAUAAUGGUUUCCUUCCCCAAUAAGCAGUUUAUGGGCAACGUAUGACAUCAAUCAUGCUUGGAUUUGGUUGAACCUUUUAGCAUUUGUGGACCAAAACCAAUGCAAGUCAAUAUCUUAUAUUUGACUGCUUACAGCAGGGAUCAUCAACUAGAUUCAUCCGAGUGUUGAUUCUUUGUUGAGCAGAUGGUCGGCUGGCCGGAACAUAAUUACCAAUCAUUUGUAAACUACAAAUUUACCGCAAGAAGCCUAAGUAGAUAUGUUUGACUAAAACAUGAUAAUUUCAAACCUUGCUUACAUUUGUAUAUGAUCACGUGUCUCUUAUUAUAUGUGGGAAUAUUGGGAACAUAUUUCUUAAAUUAAUAUCCCUUGGAUCUGAUUUCCUUAAUGUCCAUAAAUGAAAAUUAAUAUUGUACUUUUUUUCGCUCAGAAAACUUGGGGAGCCAAAUGAAACCACUCCUGGGCCAAAUUUAGCCUGUGGGCCGCCAGUUGGGAAACCCUGGCUUACGAGGUAAGGAAACCGAUAACUAUCCCUUUGACAUGUUCCCUGUAGACUUACAGUUCAUGAGUCUAUACAAUUCCACUGAAAAUGCAGCCUUCACACUCUUUAGGAACAUAGGAAUAUAUAGUAAAAAAUACUUUAGAAAUAUGACAAUAAAGGUUAUUUGAAUGACACCUCUUUUCUAUUAGGAUCCUUGCAUAGGAAAAUUAAGAAAGUAUUCACGCACACACAUUCACACACCAGGGACUGCAAAAUAAAGCUUAGUUAGUUAGUUAGUUAGUUCGUUAGUUACUACCUACUUACUUACCUUUAUUGAAUCCCAUUGGGAAAAGGGUCUUGUUUUCCUAUUCAAAAAGCAUGACAUUAUUGCAUUUAUGAUUCAUCACAAGGCAAAAAAAACUGCACAGUGGUUUACGUACACAUUACAGUCCACUCCUAAUGAGCACUAGGGGGACCCAGCCUCAAGCCAUGCAACUCCAAUCCGGCAUAACUGAAGAGGGUGUGGCAGUCUAGGUGCAAACGGGCAGGCGUACUUGGACCCGUCCAAUUGUUUUUAUGGGAUGCUAAAAUCGUUGCCCGAGUGUUGACUAAACUUCAGACACAGAUGUAGGUGGCAGGAAGAUGCCUGUAGCGCAAUUAUGCAACCCAUAUCGCCACGCCCUUAGGAUUAUUGGGAACAGCAGCCCCAUACAACUCGAGGUCAACCUCUCUCUUUUCUAAAGAGGGUCUGUUUCUUCUCAGCGGCUAAUCGUCGUCUUCUGCCCCUCCAACCCUCACCCGCUCGUCGCAUGUACGUGUUUAUCUCCGCACAUUCCAAUCUUUAUGUGUCGCAUUUUGAAGACCGAACGCACACAAACCAAAACAUCUCUCGUCUCUGGAGGCUGCGGGGCGAGAGAGUCAGAUGUCAAAAGGGUGUCUCUUAAAUGACUUCAGGUCUCUGACAAUAGAUGAGAAACGCAGUGUUUUCUCACCCAGAGGACCAGAGAGAUUUUAUCCCAUAUAUGUCAGUUAUUAAGGUCGAUAAGAUUAGAGAAAUACAGCUGUUUUUGUUUGUUUAGUGAUGAAUGUGUUGAACAAUAGGUCACUGGUCACUUUGACAAAUAUGGUCAUGUGUGAGCCAGAUAAGGCUCCAAUGGUGUAAGCUCUUCACAGUGCAACUUUGGGACUGUUUACAAAUGGAGUUAAAGUUUCCAAUACUUGGGAUAAAGUGAACAAUGCUGAUUUACUACUCGAUCAGAUCAGUCAAAAUGACUCAAACAAAUUAAAUGAAAAAGUAAAUACUAUAUAAUUUCCCCCCAACUGACUUCAUUGGGGUGAGUUAUUGAGUUCAUUGCAUUGACAGCCAUUAUUUAUCUCUUCAACCCAGCAGUUCAAUUCUGAUAAGCCUUUCCCAUGGGUUAACAUGUGUUACUUAGCAACAAGCCUGUAAAACACCUACACAGCCACGUCCACACACAUGCUUCAUGUCUGGGUCAACAGUCGACACCGCUACUCUAACGGCUAACUAUUAGUCAACCGAAUCACAUUAUUUCCAUUGAAGUACAGUGUGUGUCUUAUUCUAGUCAAUCACAGUGUCAACACUAGAAGAAGUGAAGCCCGGAGGUAAAGAUACAGUAUAUACCGUACUUUAAAGAAAUUGUCAGGUACAAGAACGACAACUUGUACAGGAUCUGACUUCCAGGUACAGAUGUCUGGCCAGUAUCUAUAAAAUGAGUGCUGAUCUAGGGUCAGAUCACACCUGUCCAUAUAAUCUUUAUUCAUUAUAAUCUAAAAGGCAUUCCUACUCUGGGACACUUUAUGAAUACGGGUCAUGGACUGCUUUUCGUGGUUCAGGGGAAAAGGGGGUGUAUAGAAGGCCUGGCUUACAAGUGCAGUCUGUCUGUGUAAGAUUCCUUGGCUGCUCAUUGGUCAUAUUGAAAUAUGCCUCUUGAUUUUGGGAGAAUAUUACUCAUGGAAUAUCUUUGCACUAUAUACUGUAUGUUAGCUCACUAAUACAGUUCUGGGUAUUAGAAAGUUACUUUUUUCACACGCAAAAUGCCUGCUGCAGCAAGGUACAUUGUUAAUGGUGACAAACUGUUAAUGAUGAUGCUGAGCACCAAGUUCAAUAGCAAUCAUCUAACAAGAGCCCAUUCCCAGAAUUGGACUUUGUUUUUGUACAAUUCAUUAGGAAUUUUGAAGAGGUUUCUCAUGAUGCAAAGAAUGCAUUCUGCACUGGUCAACUGCAUUAAGACUCUAACAUAAAUACAUUAUGAUACGAAUAGUCAGAAUAUCAUUAUGAUAGCACAUAAUUCUGCAAAUAAAGAAAAGCAGCUCCAAUCCCUGUUAUGUAAGUUUUGUACUCUCUCAAAUUCACUUUGUGCGCUAUAAAUGUGUAACAUUAUUAUAUUCUAUUACCUCCAGCAUUCCCCCAUUCUGCGCUCCCCUACUGCAUGCUAGCCAAUCAUAAUGUCCCUCGGUCCCUCCCCUUUCCAGAUAAAAAGAGGGCCAGGGAACAGUGAGCUCCAUCUGCACGAGUCUCUCUCUCUCUGCAGCGAAUCUCCCAGGCUCUACAGACCACCUACUGUAGCACUUGCUAAAACCUAAGUCAUCAUGUCCACCAGAGCUGUGAAGAGCACCAGCUACUCUUUGAGGUCCUCAUCUGCAGGCCUGGGGUCUCAAAACUUCAGCAGCAACUCCAGCAACGGCUAUGGCGGCGGAGCUAGACAACAGAGCUACAGCGUCCGCAGCUCUUAUGGGGGUGUUGGCAGCAGCGCCGGGGGUGUGGCAGCAGGUGGCUAUAGGGUAGUUGGGGGGUACGUGGCUGGAGGGACUGGGCAAAGGGGGGGCGGGAUGGAGUUUGGGUAUGCGGGCAUGGGUGUUGGCGGUGGUAUGGGAAUGGGGGGUGGUAUGGGAAUGGGGGGUGGUAUGGGGGUGGUGGGUGGGAAGAUGACAUGUGUGGGACCCCCUCAGAUCACCGCUGUUCAGGUGAACAAGAGCCUACUGGCCCCCCUGAACCUGGAGAUCGACCCCAACAUCCAGGUGGUCCGCACCCACGAGAAGGAGCAGAUCAAGACCCUCAACAACCGCUUUGUGUCCUUCAUCGAUAAGGUGCGUUUCCUGGAGCAGCAGAACAAGAUGCUGGAGACCAAGUGGAGCCUCCUGCAGGACCAGACCACCACCCGCUCCAACAUCGACGCCAUGUUUGAGGCCUACAUCUCCAACCUGCGCAGACAGCUUGAUGAUCUGGGCAACGAGAAGAUGAAGCUGGAGGGGGAGCUGAAGAACACGCAGGGCCUGGUUGAGGACUUCAAGAACAGGUAUGAGGAUGAGAUCAACAAGCGUACCGAGUCUGAAAACAACUUUGUUCUCCUCAAGAAGGAUGCAGAUGCUGCCUACAUUGUCAAGACGGAGCUGGAGGCCAAGCUGGACUGUCUUACUGAUGAGAUUGAAUUCCUCAGGACUAUCUAUGACGCGGAGUUGCGUGAGCUGCAGGGCCAGAUCAAGGACACCUCUGUUGUGGUGGAGAUGGACAACAGCCGUAACCUGGACAUGGACUCCAUCGUGGCUGAAGUGCGCGCUCAGUACGAGGACAUCGCCAACCGCAGCAGAGCUGAGGCCGAGACCUGGUACACGCAGAAAUAUGAACAGAUGCAGGUGUCAGCCACCAACUAUGAGGACAAUCUGAAAAACACCAAGGUAGAGAUCGCAGAUAUCAACCGCAAAAUCAUGAGAUAUCAGUCUGAAAUUGACAUGAUGAAGGGUCAGCGCGGCCACCUGGAGAACCAGAUCGCUGAGGCGGAGGAGCGUGGUGAGCUGGCGGUGAAGGACGCCAGGCUUCGCAUUAACGACCUCGAGGUGGCCCUGCAGAGAGCCAAGCAGGAUAUGACCAUGCAAGUACGCCAGUACCAGGAGCUGUUGAACGUCAAACUGGCCCUGGAUAUUGAGAUCGCCACCUACAGGAAGCUGCUGGAAGGAGAGGAGAGCAGGCUGGUGAAUGGAAUCAAGUCUGUCAACAUCUCCAAACAGUCUUCUUCAAUGAACUACAACUCUUACCCCCUGGAAAGCAGUCGCACCACCAGCUAUGUCAGCGGCUCAACGGGGGGAUACAAGGUCAGCAGCACCAGCUACGGCAGCAGCACUUACGUCAGUGGCCAUGAGAGCCGCCAUAUAGGCAGCAGCUUCGACCUGCCUGGCAGCAUCACCCUAGGCACUACCAGCAGAGAUGUGGAUACCAGCAUCAGCCUGGGAGGCAGCAACAGCCUGGCUACCAGCAGAGACGUGGAUGCCAGCGUCAGUGUUAAUAGCAGUUCCACUGUCACCAACAACAAAUCCCAGACCACCUUAGUCAAGACCGAUGAUGCUGAGGUGACCUCGAAUGUGGCUUCUGAUGCGGCGUCCAACCAUGCCGAGGAACAGGCGGCUGAGAGCGACAAAUGAGGAGAUUUCGUCAUCGCGGGCGACCACGUAAUUAGCAUACUGUGGAUCUAUCUGUCGCAGAUAUAUGCUUCUCCAACCUACCUUUCACCCUUCCACUAGUUUCACUUUUCUAGCCAGGUUAUUCGUGUAUUUACCUGCUGAACAGAACAGUGACAUAUCAAACAGGCUACAUAUAUCCACCUGGAAUCACAGGCAGUCUAACUGUAUCCUCAGUCUAACUGUAUCCUCAGUCUAACUGUAUCCUCAGUCUAACUGUAACUUUUCCUACCCACAAAGGGUUUGUUUUAAAAGGUUGGGGGUAAGAUUUCCCUUAAAAGGCCCCUGAAGGUUCGACCCCUAGUGUCCAUUCGAGUCACCAGCAGGUGUCAUUGUGGCACAUGUUUCUCUCUCUGCUUGCUCUGAGACCCAUUAAAGUACUUGGAGAAAAAAACAACCUCUUUAUGUGCUGUGACAUAUUUAUUCUACGAGUGUCCAUAAGAGUCAUUUUGUAGGUGGAUGCUGUUAUCCUCACGCACACCAAAAGGGACAAUUUCAUGGAAUGUGUCCAUGUCAUUCAACAGCAUUUUCACAGUAUGGAAUGAAGAUUCUACAGUUGUCAAUGGAGACGGGGGAAAGAUCAAAACACGAAAAGGGACACGUUUGUAUAAGAGAUCAGAAUGAUAGACAGAUGUUUAUAAUAACAAGGGGCAUAGCAUAGCAGAGUGCAGCUGCAAAAAUGCAGAAGGUGAUCAGGCCAUCAGUCUUGAUAGACAGGUACUGGCCUGAAGCGUG